GCGCCCAACUUAUUCAAAGUCCUUCUCUCCUUUGCUCAUUCCUUCCCCAUAUUCCACACUUCAUAUUCCUCAAAUAAAGCAUGACUAUGCCUUCCACAGCAUCAGCAGCGACCACUACGGCCACGCAACCUCAGCAUGAAAUCCACUACUGCAUCUUUGACAUGGACGGUCUGCUCAUCAACACGGAAUCACUCUACACCCAAAUCACCUCCGAGAUCCUUGCGCGCUAUGGCAAGAAGUAUGAUUUUGAGCUCAAAGCCAAGUUGAUGGGUCUUCGUGAAAAGGAGUCUUCGGAAAUCCUUGUGAGAGAAUCCGGCGUUGCAAUGACUCCAGAAGAGUACCUGCAUGAGCGCCAUCUUUUGCAAUUGGAACGAUUCCCGCACUGUGUGCCUUUGCCUGGAGUAAUGCGCCUCAUUAAGCACCUGAAGGACAAGAAGAUUCCUAUUGCUGUGGCAACGUCGUCGUACCGUAAGAACUUUGAGUUGAAGUCGAUGAAUAACCAGGCGCUGUUCGAACUUUUUGAUGUCAUUGUCUGUGGCGACGAUCCCGCCAUCAAACAUGGAAAACCCAACCCCGACAUUUUCUUCGUGGCACGAGACCGUCUGGCUAAGCACUAUGGACAUGAUACUGUCGUAAAUGAGAAGUGCCUUGUCUUUGAGGACUCACCUAUUGGGGUUCAGGCAGGCGUCAAUGCGAAUAUGAAGGUUGUUUGGGUUCCAGACGAGAAUAUCGGACGACUUUACCCAACGCUGGACGGACCUUCACAGCGUCUUGAAUCGCUGGAGCUCUUCGACCCCGUUUACUUUGGUCUUCCUCCCUUUGAGAACUGAAGCCUGCUACGCAUCCACACCCAGCUGUACCCUAUAGAAAAAUAAACCCCGGCGGUCAGAGAGUAGCAAGAGAGAGAGACAAAUUUUGUUGCAAAUACCACAGUUACUAGUAGACAGCUUUGUAGAAGUGUUAUUAGGGUGAGGAUGAGGAUAAAGAAGAGUGCCGGGCUGGGGAGGUGGGGAAGGGGUCGAGGAGG